CUCCCAUCAUACAACCCCCCAGCAUCCUAUCCGGCUGGGCAGACGGGGACUCCAGCUGCACACCCAGAAUCCGGAUUGACACACAGAGGAAGAGUAGCUGAAGAGAACCAAGGGGUUUUCUGCACAGCACAGGUCACCUCGAGGAUCCUGACUUUUCGUGGCGUGUAUGAUGCGUUUGGCGGAUGAACAGAAAUCACCAGAUGAAGAGAUGAGCUUUGGAGCAGCGUGCAUUUUCUUGCGAGGGGGGAAAAAUAUUGCCAGGGAGCUGGCUGAUGAUGAGAUUGAUGAGCUGCGUGAUGCAUUCAAUGAGUUCGAUAAAGACAAAGACGGCCUGAUCACCUGUAAGGACCUGGGGAACCUGAUGAGGACAAUGGGCUACAUGCCCACUGAGAUGGAGCUGAUUGAGCUGGGCCAAAAUAUCAACAUGAACCUUGGUGGCAGAGUGGACUUUGAGGACUUUGUAGAUCUGAUGGCCCCGAAACUUUUGGCAGAAACGGCUGGGAUGAUCGGCAUGAAGGAGCUAAAAGAUGCCUUUAAAGAGUUUGACAUGGAUGGAGAUGGAGAGAUCACAACCGAGGAGCUGCGGUCAGCCAUGAUAAAGCUGAUGGGAGAACACAUGAGCCGAAGGGAGAUAGACGCCAUAGUAAAAGAGGCCGAUGACAACGGGGACGGCACUGUAGACUUUGAAGAGUUCGUCAGAAUGAUGUCCCAUCAAUGAGAGCCAAGGAGGACAUUAAUCAUGAAAAGUACCUCCACACCUCUACAGACAUAUAUUCAUAUAAUUGUCUCUUCUGUAAUCUUUUUUGGAAGACAACCUUUUAUAUAAUCUAAACAAAUACACACUAAAAGUAAUACAAUGCUGCAAUGAAAACUUAUGCAAUAUUAAGCUGACCUUGAAGAGAAUUUUACAGCUAUGCAAAAAGGGAUUUUUUGUAGAAAUAUAUGAUAUUGAAAGGAUUGGAGAGAUGUAUUAUUUUGUUUGAAGAUAUAUAUUGUAUGUACAGAGAAUUGGAAUUGUAUUUUGACAUGAAUGUAAUGCUAAAGAAAUAAAUAUAUUCUCCAUCAAAACA